AUGGAAAUGAAGAGCGGAAGUGCUGUGCGAUCAGUACCAGUAGGGAGUAGGAAUGAUGCCUAUGAGGGCGGUACAUCGCACCAGAAACAACAACUGGAGAGGUAUCUCAACUUUUUCUCAUCGGUCGCAUUUUCCACUUGCCUGCUUGCCACAUGGGAAUCUGCCGGUGGUAGUUUGCUCUCGGGGCUGUACAACGGCGGCCCUGCAGCGAUUGUUUAUGGGAUUAUCCUAAGCACUGUGGGUAAUAUGGCCAUUGCAUGCUCUUUAGCUGAGCUUGCCUCUAUACACCCAACUGCGGGUGCUCAAUAUCACUGGAGCUAUUUCCUCGCGCCUCGUGGUGGUCGAUUCAUUAGUUUCUUCCAGGGCUGGAUUACUGUCUUUAGCUGGUCGGCGCUUGUCUGUAUUGCACCUUACUUUAUCGGAACCGAAAUCCAGGGUAUGGUUGUGCUGGCACACCCUGAAUAUGAGCUUGUGAGGUGGCGCGGUACACUGCUCAUGUGGGCAGUUGCAGUUAUCCCGAUAAUCAUCAAUAUAUUUGCGCGUCGGGUUCUAGGAGGCAUCGAGGUUGCUGCGGGUAUCAUGCAUGUCGUCUUCCUACCCUUUGUCUGGGACACUUUUGUCGGCGGCCUGAGUGGCUGGAAGGAUUCCGGAGUUGUAUUCUCCGUCGGUCUUCUGGGUGUCAUUACUCCCCUAUCUGGAGUCGACGGCGUAAUCCACAUGGCCGAAGAAAUCAAAAAUGCCGAAGUUGUUGUUCCCCGCUCCAUGAUCUACGGCACCCUAAUCAACGGAGCCCUCGCAUUCUCCUACCUGAUCGCCAUCCUCUACUGCAUGGGCGACUACACCGAAGCAGUCACCAGCCCAACAGGCUACCCUAUUAUUACCAUCGCCUACCAAGCAACCGGCUCCAAGCCAGCCACUUUCGUCCUCAUGGCAAUGGGCAUGCUACCCGGCUGGAUCGCCCUCUUCAACGGUCUCGCCUCGGUCACGCGUCUCACCUGGGCUUUCGCUCGAGACAAUGGUCUCCCCUUCUCCGACUUCUUUUCCGUAGUCGAUCCAACCUACAAAAUCCCCCUCCGUGCUUUAUGCCUAGUUGCAUCAUGCACCUUCGUGCUCUCAUUCAUUCAGAUCGGGUCUACGGCUGCAUUCAACGCUGUUCUCUCGCUCAGCACUCUCGGUCUCUAUAUUUCCUAUCUUAUCCCUCUUAUACUGCUUGUGUUAAAGCGCUUCACGUCGCCCUGGAAUAUCCCGCAAGGAACAUUUAGUCUAGGGAAAUUCGGCCUCCCCAUGAAUCUUCUUGCUAUUCUCUUCUCCAGCUAUUUCGUUAUCUUCCUUCCAUUCCCGGCAACGGUGCCGGUUACCGCGGAGAAUAUGAACUAUGCUGGGCCUGUGCUUGGUUUUGUUAUGUUAUUUGCCUGUGGGGAUUGGAUUGUUCGCGGGCGGCACCAGUGGAAAGGUCCAAAAAUGAGGUCUAAUGCUAGAAACGAGUGA